AUUCGCGUCGCCGACAACAGCUGCAUGGUGUUGCGGCCACCGACCGCCGCUACCGCUACUGUUAUGUACGUGGAAAAAUUCAAAGUUCAAUUAGCUAUAACUUUUGAACUAGAGGAGUCCGCCAAGUUCUGACUUCAGAUUCGUAAUCAGCGUACAAAACACCUCGAAAUGACAAAAUAAGUUUGACCAGCCCGUAAUUAUAUUAAUCACACCAUGGUGGAUGGCCAAAGUAUAUGAAAUAACUAAUAAUCCUUUUCAAAUUAUGUCAAGUAAAUCUAUAGUAAAUGGCGAAGAACUGGUAAACGAUAAUCAGAAAACACAGGCUGACACUUUUCAAAUCAGACCAACUCAAAAUCAAAAGUUCAAAACCAUAUUAGCUAAAGAAAUAAUUCAAGAAACCUUACAUAAACAUCUAAAAGAUAAAAAUUAUCACCAAAUUAAAGCUGAAACAUUAAGCAAGACGAUUGCCAGUGAAGUCAAAGAUCGCCUUAAAGAACAAUGUGUCGAUAGUCGUUAUAAACUGAUGGUACAAGUGGUCCUUGGUGAACGUGCGGGUGCAGGUAUUAAAGUCGGUGCUCGUUGUAUUUGGGAUUCUGAUACCGAUACUCAUGUUUCUGAUCAAUUUUUGAGUGAAACUAUAUUUUGCAUGGCAGUGGUUUUUGCUGUAUACUUUUAUUAGUUUAAAUAUAAAGGAAAUUUUAAUUUAAAAAACCAGGAUUUUAACUUGUACACUGUAAGAAAAGAUUAUUUGUUAUUAUAGGAAGAUGUCUUUUAAUGAAGAAGCUGAUAAUGUUUGGAGCGAUAUGUUAAAUUUACCAGCAGAUCCACC